AUGGCGGAGACAGCAGGUUCCCUGAGGUAUAGAGAUCAAGUUGUUAUAGUCACAGGAGGAGCGUCAGGCAUUGGACUAGGAGUUCUCCAGGUGUUUGUUCACAAUGGCUCAAAGGUUGUCUUCUGUGAUAUUGAUGAAAAAGCUGGUAGAGAUGUUGAAACAAACUUAAAUGUCAAAGGACCUGGUGAGUGCAAAUUCAUUUCCUGUGAUAUCAGCAAAGAGGACCAGGCUCGGAAUGUUAUUGAAACCACAGUUCAGACAUAUGGAAAGUUGGAUUGCCUUGUCAACAACGCUGGCUUUCAUCCGCCACAUCGACCUAUUGAUGACUUCUCCACGGAUGAUUUCCGAGCCCUGAAUGAGAUCAAUGUUCUAGGUUACUUUACUACUUGCAAAUACGCCUUGCCUCACUUACGUAAAACUCAGGGAAAUAUCAUCAACAACUGUAGCCUUGUGGCCUACAUAGGGCAGUCUGGAGCUGUCACGUAUGCAGCUACUAAGGGUGCUAUCGUAUCAAUGACCAAAGCCCUGGCAAUUGAUGAAGCCAAGUACCGUGUCAGAGUCAACUCGUUUGCCCCAGGAAACAUAUGGACGCCACUGUGGGAGAGAUGCGCCCGAGAAUCCUCCAAUUAUGACAAAACAAUCAAAACAGGCAAAGAUGCCCAGCUCCUUGGGAGGUUUGGUACUAUAGAAGAGUGUGGGCUGGUGUGUCUUUUCCUUGCAGCAGAUGCCACAUUUUGUACGGGGAUCAACAUCAAUGUCAGUGGUGGUGCCGAGCUGGAUUAUGGCUUCAAGAAUAAAUUUGAUCCAUCCGAAUGA